UACCAGGAAGCUCGCGCAACACAGAUAGCUGGAUGCUAGAUGUCAAAAACUGAAUCCUGUCGACAGUUAACAGUUAAACCCAAAUUAAAGCAUAGAAUCGCGUGGAACAAUGGGAUGAAAUCAUAUGAACGUACACUUUCGUGGAUCUGUGUUUUUAGCGACUUUACAGGGAGAAAUGUGGAAGCUAACUAGCAAACAACUCAUAUUAACAACAGAAAAACAAAAGAGGUUCAGUGGUAAUCUCGUUUAUAUUUAGACAUUAAACCGACACGGGACACAAGGAAAAUUUUAUUUAUACUUCGAAAUAUAUUUUGGUUAUUUAUUUUCCUGUGUUUAGUAAUAAAUAAGAGCUCCAUUAUGCAUGACGCAUAUGAGCCAGUUCCCAUUCUGGAGAAAUUACCCCUCCAGAUUGACUGUCUAGCGGCCUGGGACGAUUGGCUCCUUGUUGGGACCAAACCAGGCCAUCUUCUUCUGUACAGGAUCAAGAAAGAUGCAGGUACAAACAGGUUUGAAGUUACAUUAGAGAAAUCCAAUAAGAACUUCUCAAAGAAGAUUCAGCAGCUGUUCGUGGUAUCCCAUUACAAGAUUUUGGUUAGUCUGUUGGAAAAUAACAUCCACGUUCAUGACCUGCUCACGUUCCAGCAGAUAACGGUGGUGUCCAAAGCCAGAGGGGCCACACUGUUUGCCUGUGACCUGCAGCAAUCCAGCUCAGGUGAAGCCAAACUGCGCAUGUGUGUUGCAGUCAAGAGGAAAAUUCAGCUGUAUUACUGGAAGGACAGAGAUUUCUAUGAAUUACAGGGAGAUUUUGCUGCUCCAGACAUCCCUAAAUCCAUGGCUUGGUGUGAAAACUCCAUAUGUGUGGGGUUUAAACGAGACUACUAUCUGAUACGGAUGGAUGGUCGUGGUACCGUCAAGGAGUUGUUCCCCACAGGGAAACAGUUGGAACCAUUGGUGGCCCCAUUGGCUGAUGGGAAGGUUGCAGUGGGCCAGGAUGACCUUACGGUCGUUUUGAAUGAAGAGGGUGUCUGCACACAGAAGUGUGCCCUCAACUGGACAGACAUUCCUGUUGCGAUGGAGCACCAGUCUCCGUACAUCAUUGCAGUGUUGCCGCGUUAUGUGGAGGUCCGCACACUUGAGCCCAGGCUGCUUGUUCAAAGCAUAGAACUACAGAGGCCGCGGUUCAUCACCUCCGCUGGAUCAAAUGUUGUGUAUGUCGCUAGCAAUCAUUUUGUUUGGCGUCUGGUGGCGGUCCCCAUAGCCAGCCAGAUACGGCAGCUGCUACAAGACAAACAGUUUGAACUGGCUCUUCAGUUGGCGAAAAUGAAGGAUGAUUCAGAUGCAGAUAAGAGACAACAGAUUCAUCACAUCCAGAACCUGUUUGCCUUCAACCUCUUCUGCCAGAAACGCUUUGACGACUCCAUGCAGGUGUUUGCAAAGUUAGGCACAGAUCCCACUCAUGUUAUUGGACUGUAUCCAGACUUGCUUCCCUGUGACUACCGUAAACAACUGCACUAUCCCAACCCCCUACCCACACUGUCAUUAGCCGAACUGGAGAAAGCCCAUUUGGCCCUCAUAGACUACCUAACACAGAAACGCAGUCAUUUAGUAAAGCACUUGAAUGACUCUGAACCCUCCACCAUGUCCCCUCUCAUGGAGGGAACCCCAACCAUCAAGAGCCGCAAGAAACUCCUUCAGAUCAUCGAUACAACACUGCUCAAAUGCUACCUCCACACCAAUGUAGCCUUAGUGUCGCCUCUCCUGCGCCUGGAGAACAACCACUGUCACAUAGAGGAGAGUGAGUAUGUGCUGAAGAAAGCCCACAAAUACAGCGAACUGAUCAUCCUCUAUGAGAAGAAAGGCCUUCAUCAGAAAGCUCUGCAGGUCCUGCUGGAUCAGUCCACUAAAGCCAACUCUCCACUGAAGGGUCACGAGAGGACAGUCCAGUAUCUUCAGAGGCUGGGGGUUGAAAAUCUGGGCAUCAUAUUUGAGUUUUCACCUUGGGUUCUGAAGAUUUGCCCAGAGGAUGGACUGAAGAUCUUCACAGAAGACCUGACAGAGGUGGAAACUCUACCCAGAGAUAACGUGCUGAACUUUCUGAAGGAGGGCUUCAAAGAGCUGGCCAUCCCUUACCUGGAGCACAUCAUUUACAUAUGGGACGAGACACAGCCCGAGUUCCACAACGUUCUGAUCCAGCUCUAUCUGGAGAAAGUGCAAGGCCUCAUGAAGGAGUACCUCAGCUCACUUCCUGAAGGAGUUCUAGCUGUAGCUGCAGGAAAGGAGAAUGAAGAGCUUGGAGAAUUCCGCAACAAGCUUCUGACGUUUCUGGACGUUUCUAGCAGCUAUGAGCCAGAGAGACUUAUCAGUGAUUUCCCAUUUGAUGGUCUGUUGGAGGAGAGAGCUUUGCUCUUGGGUCGUAUGGGGAAACAUGAGCAGGCUCUCUUUAUUUAUGUUCACAUUCUGAAAGACACACGUAUGGCUGAGGAGUACUGUCACAGUCAUUAUGAUCCAGACGCAAAUGGCAAUAAAGAUGUGUACCUGUCCCUGCUGCGCAUGUAUCUGUCUCCUCCAGACGUGCACUUCUUGGGGCCCAUUAAGAUGGAGCUUUGUGAACCUCAGGCGAAUCUCCAGGCGGCCCUGAAGGUUCUUCAGCUCCACCACAGCAAACUCAACACCACCAAAGCCAUAAACCUGCUGCCAGCUAACACACAGAUCCGAGAGAUCCAGGUGUUUCUGGAGAGUGUGUUAGAGGAGAAGGCCGGCAGAAAGCGCUUUGACCAGGUCCUCAAGAGUCUUCUACAGGCUGAGUUCCUGCGGGUGCAAGAGGAGCGCAUCUUUCACCAGCAGGUGAAAUGUGUCAUCACAGACGAGAAGACCUGCAGAGUGUGUAAGAAGAAGAUCGGGAACAGUGCCUUUGCCAGGUAUCCCAACGGUGUGGUGGUUCACUACUUCUGCUGUAAAGAUCGCACCGUGUGUCCUGCAGAAUAAUGCAACCUGCAGCCUGAACACGCGCCACACGCUCAAGUCUGUGUGAAGAUACCAGACUGAUGCGCUGCCAAAGGAAAUGCCAGUCUGCAUAUUCUGCUCUUUCUCUCUGUCUUUCCAUUGGAAUGGUAAAGACAAGUCUGUCUCAUGAGAAAAUUAAUCAACUGCCAGAGUUGUUCUGUCGAAUACUAUGGACAGUGAAAUUAAGAUUUUUUAACGGUACGAGCAAGGUUGUUUUCAUGUAUUUCUUCAAAGGCUUUUACCAGAAUGCACAACACACACCGUGGCAUCUUUUCUUUCACUCCCCACCGUUUCGUCUUUACUAACAGUGCAGCUUUUCAUCCAACCUGACGCUUUGUCCGAUGCUUUUAGUGUAAAAGUAAAGGCCUGUGUUUGUGUGCACCUUCAGGGCUCACAAGACUGUUAUUCUGAGCUGGGCUUGUAGGUGCUGCUCCGUUUCACUCUGUUAGUUUAAGAUGAAAUCAGACACCAGAUAAAAAACCUUAAUGUGGCCCCCUCGACAGAAGCAGCAGCACUGGCACACAGCACGUCCACUGCGAUCAACUUUCUGCAAAGUUGGACGGAUUAAAUCUUCCCCUUUUCUGUUUUUUGCAUGAAAGGGAUGAAAAUUCUGUCAUUAUUUACUCAUCUUCAUGUUUUUCCUAAGCCAUAUGACUUUCUUUUUUUCUGUUGAACACAAAGCGAGACGUUUGGCAGAAUGUCACUCAUUCACUCUUCUCCUUUUGUUUUAUUGAAAGUCAUACAGGUUUGGAUCAACAUGAUCAUUUUAAUUUUUGGUUGAACUAUCCCUUUAUCAGCAUGACACUACUAAUGCGUGUAGCUUGUUUUCAUUUCGUUUGGCAUUGUGUCAAUUCUUUUGCCUUUUUGGUUUUGUAUAGUUUUGGAGAGGGGAGUAGUGACUUUACGAUCAGGUCACAGUAGCAUGCCACUGUUUUCUUUUGUAGUUCGUUCUAUUGGCUUUAAUUUAUUAUUAACAUACUGUUUAAACAUGUCCAUACUGUCAAGAAUGUCUCGCCUAUUUGUGCGAUUGUUUCGCCCGCAUGGGCAUCAGUAUUUCUCUGGCUACAUAAGUGUUCUGCAAUACAUCUGUCCAAUUAACACAUUUAUAAGAUACUUGUCUAUUUGUUUAACUGUAAAUCAUAGCAUGAACUGUUGCUCAAAAAGUGGUGGUACCUAAACCACUGCAACAAUCCUGAAGGGUUUAGGUCGAAGCAGAUGUGAAUGUAUAAGACAGUACAUUGAAUCUGAGGUGAUGUCAACUCUAAUAAACAUUUAUCU